AUGGCAACUCUUCCAACACCCUCCUCCAACCAACGAGUCUCGGUUCCUAGUGGCCCUGUCAAUGUCGAUCUGCUUUUCUAUCACCCACCUACCGGCGGAUCUCGUCCCUUCACCUAUGUCGGCACACCACCUCCCGGUGAACCGAAGAAAAACUUCCAAGAGCUCCCAAACAAGGUCGACCUAAUCGAUAUACGGAACCAGGAUUACACCUCCUUCACACUCGAUCGUGAUGCAUUCCAAGUUCUUCAGCACUUCGAUACAGCCGCCAAGUAUGAGACUUACAACUCAGACGAUGAAGUCAAACGCCUCAUCUUUCCCGAAGUCGACAAGCUCAUCCUGAAGAAUGUACCAGGAGCGAGAGAGGUGAUAAUAUUCGAUUACACCGUCCGCCGACAGAACGAAGAUGCGCCAAGAAAGCCACUGUAUAGAGCUCAUGUCGAUCAAUCUGCAAAGGCGGCAGCAGAACGUGUUUUAUUGCAUGUACCUGAUGAGUCAAAGGCCAAAGCCAUUGUUAAUGGUGACUGUCGAUAUCGUAUCAUAAAUGUUUGGAGGCCGAUCAACGGAAUUGUUGAGUCCAAUCCAUUGGCAUUUGCCGCUGUUGAUAGUGUGGAGGAAGAGGAUCUUGUGCCUGUUGAAUUUCGCAGUUCUACCCGGACAGGCGAAAUUAUGCUCAUGAGACCCAAUCCCAACCAGAAGUGGAUGUACUUAUCGGGUGUACAAGAAAGCGAAAUAUUGUUGCUGAAGUGUUUUGAUAGCGAGAGUCAGGAUCAAGGAGCUGGUAUUGCAUCAAGGCUCCCCCAUACAGCAUUCUGGGAUCCCAGGACACCAGAGGGAGCGAAGAAAAGGGAAAGCAUUGAGGUUCGAGCGCUGGUUCUGGGAUAA